AUGUCUACAAAUGAGAAAUUCAAUUAUAUAGAGGAAAACAAAUUGAACUCUCAAGAUUUUUCCUCAAAUACGAAUUACAAACAUAUGGAGAAAAGUGACGAAAGAAAUAUAAUGGGGGAUUAUAAUAAUACCGAUGUAUUAAAAGAAAUGACAAGUGAGGAAUUUAAAAAUAUUUUAAAUGAUGAUGCAUAUUAUAAGAAGCUGUUUGAAUCUGAGGGGAAACAUGAUUCGUUUAAUAAUGAUAAGGACGGGUUAUUAAAUUUUGAGGUGGAUAACCUUAACGAUAAUAAUAAUAAUGAUAAUAUUGGAAGUAAUAAGAACAACGAAACUAAAAAAAAAAAAAAUAAUAAUAAUAAUAAUAAUAAUAAUAAUAAUAAUAAUAAUAAAAAUAAUAAAAAUUAUUAUUAUUAUGAUGAGUUGGAUGUAGAUACAGAUGGGGAGAUAAAUAAAAAUAACACAGAAAGUAUUAAUAAAAAAGAGAAAUUCCCCAGAUUUUCAAAUUUAAGUUUAUUAAAUGAUGACUUUUUUUUGAAAAGUCAAAAUAUGGAUAUGAACAAACAAAAUGAAGAUUUAAAAAAUAAAAGAGAUAGCUUGUUAUCAUUAAAGAAUUUGAGGAAUUCUUCUAUUUUUAAUUUAAGUCUUACUGAUGAAAAUUUAAAACGUUCUUAUCAAAAAUAUGAAUUAUAUUCAAAUGAUAAAUUAAAUAUGUCUCUUUCUCAGACGGAUCAUAUCUAUGAUAGUGAUUUGUUAACCCCUUCUCCUUCGAAAAAAGACAGUGUGAGAAAAAAUGCAAGAAAUGAUGAAAUGCAUAAUAUUAUAGAAAAUAAGUACAAUAAUGAUAAUAUAUAUAAGGACAAUAUUUAUAAUAGUAUCCAUAAUCAGAAAGAAGGUGACUCGUAUAAAAUACACAUAAAAUCAGAUGAUCCUGACAAUGUACUACAUUUAAAUAGUUAUAAUAAAAAAAAUGAAGAUAGAAAAAAAAACAUUGAAGAAGAAAAUAUUCAUGUUGUGAAUAAUAAUAAUAAUAAUAAUAAUAAUAAUAAUAAUAAUAGAAAUAAAAAAUUAUCUAUCGAUUUAUUAGAUGAAGAAUUAGAUAAUUUAAAAAAGAAAUAUUUAUUAGAUGAUAGUAUAAAUUAUGAUGAUAAGAAUAAUGAUUAUCUAGAUGAAUAUGCUAGUGAUUCCGAAUUUUUAAAAAGAAGUUCUUUAGAAAAUAAAAUGAACCUUGAUUUAAAUUAUGGAAAUGACGAUUCUUUAAAUAAUAGUAGACGUAUAUCUAAUAAUAGUUUUUCAUAUUGGGAGAAUAAAAUCAAUUCAACACGAAAAAUUAAAAUUAAUAAUGAAACCCCAAAAAAAGGAAUAUUAAAAGUAAGUAACUCUGUAUCUCCUUUAAAAGAUAUGAAUGAUAAUAUGAGUGCAAGGAAAAAAUCAGUUCAAUUUUCUCAUAGAUCGGUAGCUGUUUUUGAUGAUAAGGAAAAGAUAUCCCCAUUACAUCUAACACAAUUUACUAGAAUAUCUAGUGAUUCUAAUAACUCCGAAUUCAAAAAGAAAAGUGUUUCCAUCGAUUCAUGUAUCGACAAAAAGGAUAAUGAUAAAUUAGUUGGAGAUAAUUUUUUGGAAGAUCUUGAUAAAUCGCCAAUUGAUAAAUUAUUAUAUAAAUCUAACAACAGAAUCAAUAAUAGUAAUAAUAAUGAUAAUAUUAUGAACAUGUCAUCAGCACAAUCUAUUAGAUUCAAAGCAAAAAUUUCUGUAGACCAAAUUGAAUCAGCUCGUCUAUCUCCAAUUAAAAAUGACUUAAGUUUUAAUAACAACACUUUUAAUUUAUCUUUUAAUAGUAGUAGGGAAUACGAUUAUAUGAACCUACAUAAUAAUGUGUUAAGUGAAGAAAUGCAAAGUAAUAACCAUAACGAUGAUUAUAUUAUCAAAGGUAAUAUAAAUUUGUUUGAUCGUCAAAAUAGGAACACUAUGGAUCUUGCCACUCUUUCCAAGGUGGGUGCAGAAAGUGGUCCGACUAUUGAGAGAUUGAAGAAAGGAGACAAAGGAGAAGGACAGGUGGAUAGAAAAAAUAUUGUAAAUGAAGAAAAUAAAAGUGGUGAUAGUAAUGAGCAGGACAUUAACAAUGAAGAAAUUGUUAAUGAUGAAAUUGUUAAUGAUGAAAUUGUUAAUGAUGAAAUUGUUAAUGAUGAAAUUGUUAAUGAUGAAAUGAUUAAUGAUGAAAUUAUUAAUGAUGAAAUUGUUAAUGAUGAAAUGAUUAAUGAUGAAAUUAUUAAUGAUGAAAUUGUUAAUGAUGAAAUUAUUAAUGAUGAUAUUAUCAAUAAUAAAAUUAUUAAUGAUGAUAUUAUCAAUAAUAAAAUUAUUAAUGAUGAUAUUAUCAAUAAUAAAAUUGUUAAUGGUGAAAUUAUUAAUGAUGAUAUUAUCAAUAAUAAAAUUAUUAAUGAUGAAAGUAAUAAAUUUUAUCGUAACAAACCUUACAGUAAUAGAAUUAAUAAUGAUGAUGAUAAAAAAAAAAAAUUGGUGCCUAGCAAAGAGGACAGUUUUGAAAAGAAAUGGGGAGAAAAGAAAACAUUCGAAGAUAAAAACAAAAUGAACAGGAAAACCAUAAACUUUAUAGAAAAUAAUAAUAAGAAUAAUUUAAAUAUAGAAGAAAAGAAAAAAAACGUGAUCGUUAAUAGACGUGCAAGUUACAGUGCUUCUAUAAGGAAUAAUAUAAAAAUUAAAAAAAAAUGGAAUGAAGAGGAUGUAUCAAAAUAUGAAAAAGACAUUAAUUUUAAGACACAAAGAAAUUUAAAAAAUAGAUCAAGUGUGGAAACAACAAUGAAAAAAUAUGAUGAAAAAAAUGUAUGUGCAUUAAAGAAUGUAACAAUAGAAAAUAAAGAAUUAAAUGAAAAUGAAAAUGAAAAUAUAUACGGAAAUAUAACAAAUGACAAAGAAAAUAACAAUUUAAAUAAUAUUAAUAAUAAAUAUUGUGUUGAAGAUAUAACAUUUUAUGAAGUACAAAAAGAAAAAUCAAAAAAAGAUGUACAUCAUAAUAUAGAACAUGAUAAUACAGAUAAAAGAGAAAUGCAUAACAAAAUGGAUAAUGAUCAAUAUGUUAUAACACCAUAUGAAAAAGAAAAAAAUCUUUUGUUAUAUAAUACCAAUUGUGAAGAACAAAAGGAUCAAAAUCAUAAUUAUGAUCAUACUUUUAAACAUAGAAGAAAAACUAUUGUAGAUACAAAUCAUGAAUAUCCAAAUGAAGAAGAUUAUAAAGAAUAUAUAUACAAUAAUGAAAAUUAUUCUGAAAAAGGUGGAAGGUUUGUUGAUAAUGAUGAUAAAUUUAAUGAGAAUGAAGAAGAAAAUGAAAUGCAUAAUGAAAUUAAUCAUUUGGAAGAAGAAAAUAAAUAUAAUGUUUUUUAUGGUGAGAAAGAUGAAGAUAAUAUGAAUGAAGGACAAGAGGAGGAAGGAAAAUAUUAUGGGGAAGAAAAGUAUGAUGAGGAAGGAAAAUAUGAUGAGGAAGGGAAAUAUUACGAAGAAGAAAAGUAUGAUGAGGAAGGAAAAUAUUACGAAGAAGGAAAAUAUUAUGGGGAAGAAAAGUAUGAUGAAGAAGGAAAAUAUUACGAAGAAGAAAAGUAUGAUGAGGAAGAAAAAUAUGAUGAGGAGGGAAAAUAUGAUGAAGAAGGAAAAUAUGAUGAAGAAGGAAAAUAUGAUGAAGAAGGAAAAUAUGAAGAUGGAAAAUAUGAUGGUGAAGAACAAUAUUAUGAAGAAGGAAAAUAUGAUGAGGAGGGCAAAUAUGAUGAGGAAGUGAAAUAUGAUGAGGAGGGCAAAUAUGAUGAGGAAGGAAAAUAUGAUGAGGAAGGAAAAUAUGAUGAGGAGGGCAAAUAUGAUGAGGAAGAAAAGUAUGAUGAGGAAGAAAAGUACGAUGAGGAAGCUCAUUAUGAUAAAAAAUAUCAUUAUGAUAAAAAAUAUCAUUGUGAUAAAAAAUUUCAUUAUGAAAAAAAUUCUCGUUAUAAUGAUGAUACUGAAUACAACGAAUGUGAACGAAGAGAGACGAAUACUGUUUCUUCUUACAAUAAUAAAGAACUCAUAAAAUAUACCAAAGAAAGUAAAAAAAUGAUAGAAAAGAAAAAAGAAGAAAAUAUGAAAUUAAAAGAAACGUUAAAUGAGAAUUUAAUAAAAAAACAAGAAAUGAUUAAAGAGAUAACAUUAAAAAUUAUAAGAAGGUGUCGUAUAUAUUCACUUAAACAAUUACAUAAUGAAAAGAAGAAUAUAAAUAAUAUAAUAAAAUUAUAUGAAUCUGUACGUAAUAUUUUAUUUAAAUUUAUUAAUAAAAUAAAUAAUUUAAAUAACGUAAGUAUAAAAUUGGAUGAUGCAUUAUUAAAAUAUGAAGUUACCCAAUUAAAUUAUAGUAAAACAAAAAAGGCUAUAGAAGCUCUUGAAAAAUAUAAUUUAAAAAUUGAGAAUAAAAUAAAAGAGAAAAAAAUAUUAUUAGAAAAACAAACUGCAGUAUUAGAUAAAAAGCAAAUGAAAAUUGAAUUAUUAACGAAACAGUUGAACAAAUUAAAAAAUAUGUAUGAUAAUGGUUCCACAAGGAAACAAGAAAUUAAUUUAAUCAAAGUAUAUAAAGAAAAGGUAGAAGAGUUUAAGAAAAUGGAAAUAAUUAAAGGAUUUUUAAUAAAAAAUAUUAAUAAAUAUGGAAUCAAUUUUGAGCUCUUAAAUUUUAAUUAUUAUAAUUUUUCAACAUUGUAUGAUUAUAAUAAUAUCGAUGGAGUCUUUUUCAAAAAUGGGGAUUACCUUAUGUAUAACAAUGGGUUAUCUGAUCAUCAAGGAGGAAAGUUAAUCAAACAAAUGGACGGUAAUAAUAAUAAUAAUAAUAUGUAUAGCAGUAUGCAUAGUAAUAUGCAUAGUGAUAUACAUAAUAAUAUGCAUAGUAAUAUGCAUAGUAAUAUGCAUAGUGAUAUACAUAAUAAUAUACAUAGUAAUAUACAUAGUAAUAUACAUAGUAAUAUGCAUAAUAAUGUGCAUAAUAAUAUACAUCACAAUAUACAUCACAAUAUACAUCACAAUAUACAUCACAAUAUACAUCACAAUAUACAUCACAAUAUACAUAGUACUAAUUUUAUAAAUUGUAAUAAUGCUUUAUUAAUAAACGAAUAUAAUAAUUUUUCUAAAGCAGGUAUGCUACUAAACAAUUCAAAUAACAACAACAACCAUAAUAAUAAUAAUAAUAAUAAUAAUAAUAAUGGUGUUAAUAAUAUAUACAAUCAUGAUGAGAACCUUGAACGAGGAAAAAAAGGGACGACACUCAUAAAAAAGGAUAUACUUACGAACAUUGAAGGAAAUGAUAAUGAAGAAAAUUAUGAUAGAACAUUUGAUAUUAAUGAAUUAUAUAAAAAAGAAUAUAAAUUAAAACGUUUACAUAAAAAGAUAAAUAGAAAUACCUUUUUUAAAAAUGAAAUAUUUGAAGAAGAUUUAAAUUGUGAAUGGCCUUAUAGUAUAACAGUAGAUAUUAUUUUUUCAAAUGUAUAUAAAUCGAAACAAGAAAAUGAUAAUUUUAAUAUAUCAAGUCCAUUAAAAAUUAAGAAUAUGAAACAUUUAAUAGCUAACAAAAUGCAUAUAUUAAAUAAUGAAUGUAAUAUGGAUAGUAAUAAUAAUAAUAAUAAUAAUAAUAACAUGAACAAAAAUCAUAAUCAUAAUAUAAUUAAUAAAAAUCAUAAUCUUAGUAAUAAUAAAACAUAUUUAAAUUUAUUUAGACCAUAUAAAAUUGAAAUGGAUUCUUUUACAAGUUUUAAAGAUAUUACUAUAAAUACAUAUUAUAAAUAUAUAAAUAACGAUAAUAUGUAUUAUCACAUAUGGAAUAAAAAUUAUGAUAAAGAUAAAUAUAACAUUCAAAUUAAUAAUGUACAUAUAAAUAAUAAAUACAAAAAAAGAAAGACAAAUAGAAAUUUAUUAAUUAAUAAUAUAGAAAAUUAUUCUUAUUAUGGUAAUGAUGAUUCAUAUAUAGGAGUAGAAUGGAAAUUACAAUUAGAAAUUAUAAAAUAUAAAAUGAUAGAAAUAAUAAAUAAAAAAUUACAAAAAUAUACUAUUAAAGAUAUAAAAUUGGUAAACAGUAAUAAUAAUAAUAAUAAUAAUAAUAACAAUAAUAAUAAUAUUAAUAAUAUUGUCAAUAAUAAAAAUGAUAAUGUAACAACAAAACCAAAUAAAGAAGCAUUAAAAUAUAUAGUAGAAGAAAUUGAAUAUUCUUUUCUUAUAUUAAAUAAUAUUUUAUUUCAGUAUAAAUAUUUAUUAAAACAUUUCCUACAUUUAUCAAACACUUUUUUUGAUUAUUAUCAAAAUAUUAUAGUAUUCAAAACGGUAGUCUUACCUAACCAUGUAUCUUCUCAUUCCUUCUGGUUGUAUUUAUAUAUAAAUUUAGAAGAGGCCUUCACCUUUUCUUCGCUCCUACAUGGUAUCGUUGAAAUAAAAAUUGAAAGUGUUGAUGAGGAAGAUAAGUAUAGUGAAGAAUGUAAGGAGAUUAACAAUAAUAUAAUGAAGAGUCUGCAGCAGUGUAUUUUUUCAAUAAAAUCAAAACCAUUGGAUAUUACAGAAAGAAUUAAUUCAUUCAAUUUGGUUGAAAUAAUUUAUGCCGUCCUUAUUAAUGAGAAUUAUAAUUUCCAUAGUUAUAAAAAUAGUAUGGAGGAAAAUAUAAAAAAUCUGAAAACUUGUGAGGCUUUUAUAAGUCAAAUAAUAGAUAAGAAAAUUAUCGUACCUAUUGAAAUAAAAAAGAGUAACAACAAAUUUAUAGAUUAA